AUGUCUGAGUCAGAAGCUCAGCCUCCAACCAGCUUUGUUUCCGAUGUUCUACUGUGGAAGCGGUGGCAAGUUUCGUUCGCAGCCAUUGUUGUUUCUACGAUUGCCUGGCUCCUACUCGAGUGGACCGAUUUACCAUUCUUAACAAUUUGUUCUGAUGUCUUGCUGCUUUUGAUCGUACUAUUGUUUCUGCAUUCUAACUAUGCCGCACUUAGAAAUAGACAACCACCAUCAUUACCGGAGCUAGUAGUGUCAGAGGAGAUGGUUAGCAACGUAGCUGCUUCAUUUCGGGUGAAAAUCAAUAAUGUGCUUCUUAUAGCUCACGACAUCACUAUUGGCAAGGAUUUUAGAGUUUUUUUUAAGGUGGUGAUUUGUUUGUGGCUCUUGUCUGUCAUCGGCAGCAUCUUCUCCUUCUUCACACUUGCUUAUAUUGGAACCCUGAUGAUGAUUACUCUCCCUGCACUGUACAGAAAAUAUGGAGAUUAUGUAGAUAAAUGCUGCGGGGUUAUCAACCACCAAUUUUCAAAACAUUAUAGAAUUGUUGACGAGAAUGUUUUCAACAGACUGCCUCAUAAUAUACCGAAAGACAAAGAUUCUUGA